CUCCUUUCCCUGGUUGGAUAAACCUAUGAAAAACAGCUACAGAGAAAUAUCCCGCUACGCCCCCCGUCCGCUUCGCCCCACCCCGCGCGCCGCCCAUGGCCACGCCGCUCGUCCUCGCGGCACGGCCGGCUCGCGCCACCACCACCACCACCGCCUAUGCCUCCCAGAACCUCAUCGCCGCCACCUCCAAGGAGCCCCCACCUAGGCUGCGGCCGAAGCGCCGCGGGCUCCCCGGUCCCAGCUCCAAGUCGCUCGUCCUCUCCCUCGCCGGCGAAGGCCGCAUGGACGAGGCCGUCGAGGCCUUCGCGGCCGUCAGGGGCCCAGAUGCGUUCCUCCACAACGUCAUGAUCCGCGGCUUCGCUGACGCGGGCCUCCCCGCCGACGCUCUCGCGGGGUACCGUGCCAUGCUCGAGGCCGGCGCUCGUCCCGACCGCUUCACCUUCCCCGUCGUCGUCAAGUGCUGCGCGCGUCUGGGCAGCCUCGAUGAGGGCCGCGCGGCGCACACCAUGGUGAUCAAGCUUGGCCUGGAGCACGACGUCUACACCUGCAACUCGCUCGUUGCGUUCUACGCCAAGCUUGGCCUCGUCGAGGACGCCGAGAGGGUGUUCGACGGAAUGCCGGUUAGGGACAUCGUCACGUGGAACACCAUGGUAGACGGAUAUGUGUCGAACGAGCUGGGGGCACUAGCACUGGCUUGCUUCCAGGAGAUGCAUGAUGUGCUAGAAGUUCAACAUGACAGUGUUGGAAUCAUAGCAGCACUGUCCGCUUGCUGCUUGGAAUUUUCAUUGAGGCAAGGGAAAGAGAUCCAUGGCUAUGUGAUCAGGCAUGCGAUGGAGCAGGAUGUCAAGGUGGGUACUUCACUUCUGGACAUGUACUGCAAAUGUGGCGAAGUUACUUCUGCUGAGAGUGUGUUUGCAACAGUGCCACUGAGGACCGUAGUGACAUGGAAUUGCAUGAUUGGAGGGUAUGCGCUGAAUGAACGGCCUGAAGAGGCAUUUGAUUGCUUCAUGCAAAUGAGGGCAGAGGGCCUCCAGGUUGAUGUUGUCACCGCUAUCAAUUUACUAGCUGCAUGUGCUCAAACUGAAAGCUCACUUUAUGGAAGGAGCGUUCAUGGUUAUGUAGUUCGGAGACAGUUUCUUCCUCAUGUGGUGCUUGAGACUGCUCUUCUUGAGAUGUAUGGCAAAGUUAGCAAAGUGGAAUCAUCCGAAAAGAUAUUUAGUCAGAUAACAAACAAAACUCUGAUCUCAUGGAACAAUAUGAUUGCUGCCUACAUGCACAAGGAGAUGUAUAGGGAAGCCAUUGCACUAUUCCUGGAGUUACUGAAUCAACUUCUCUAUCCUGAUUAUUUCACCAUGUCGACAGUAGUACCGGCAUUUGUCUUACUGGGAUCACUGAGGCAUUGCAGACAAAUGCACAGUUACAUUAUCAGGUUAGGUUAUGGUGACAACACUCUCAUUAUGAAUGCAGUUCUGCAUAUGUACGCAAGGAGUGGUGAUGUGGCGGCCUCGAGGGAGAUCUUUGACAAAAUGGUGUCCAGGGAUGUCAUCUCUUGGAACACAAUGAUCAUGGGGUAUGCAAUUCACGGCCAGGGAAAGACUGCACUGGAAAUGUUUGAUGAGAUGAAAUACAAUGGUCUGCAACCAAAUGAGAGUACCUUUGUCUCUGUGUUGACUGCUUGCAGCGUGUCAGGUUUGGUGGAUGAAGGCUGGAUGCACUUCAAUUUAAUGUUACAAGAGUAUGACAUGAUCCCACAGAUUGAGCACUAUGGCUGCAUGACUGAUCUUCUGGGUCGAGAAGGUGAUCUUAGAGAGAUGCUACAGUUUAUUGAAAGCAUGCCGAUAGAUCCAACAUCCAGGAUUUGGGGUUCCCUACUUACAGCAAGCAGGAACCAGAAUGAUAUAGAUGUUGCUGAGUAUGCAGCAGAGAGGAUCUACCAACUGGAACAUGACAACACAGGCUGCUAUAUUGUUCUAUCUUCGAUGUAUGCUGAUGUUGGUAGAUGGGAGGAUGUUGAGAGGGUGAGAUUACUGAUGAAGGAAAAGGGGUUGCAAAGAACAGAACCAAGAAGCCUUGUUGAGCUUUAUGGCAUAGCGUGUAGUUUUGCUAAUGGGGACAUGUCUCAUCCACAGAGCGAGACGAUUCAUGAAGUGUCUGAUAUUAUGUCAAGAAGGAUUGGAGAAAAAGAUGACACAAGGGAUCAGUCUUAUCCCGUCUCUUUCCCAUCAAGGAGAACGACAAUGCCUAAUAAGCACAGUGUUAGGCUAGCUGUUAUUGGCGGUUUGAUAUCAUCUGAGAUUGGAUCCCCUAUUCUUGUCAAGAAGAAUGUGCGUAUAUGCAAUCACUGUCAUAAUGCAUUGAAGUUGAUAUCAAAAUAUUCCAGACGGAGGAUUGUUGUCGGUGACACAAAGAUCUAUCACGAAUUCUCAGAUGGCUCUUGUUGCUGUGGUGACUACUGGUGAUGGAUAUCAUUGUUUGAAUUUAACGGACACCUUCAGUAACACCAGGGGAACGCCUGGGUGUAUCAGGUCUGUGAAAAUGCCUUCAUACAAUCACAGCUUACAUGAAACAUCGAGUAUUUGAGUCCAAAUGCUACAGCUGUAUCAAUUCAAUUUUCGGGGGCACAGAGACGAGAAAUCAAUUCCCAGGUAUGGUACUCUGCUAGCAGUGGCUCAAGGUGAAACGGUGAAUAUCCACACCGCACAGCAACCGGCGAUGAACCUUCUGUAACUGACAAUCACAUGAUGUACAAAGUUG